AUGGUGUUUGAAUCGCUAGUAGCCGAUCUACUCAAUCGCUUUCUCGGCGAUUUCGUCGAGAAUCUCGACUCGUCGCAGCUCAAUGUUGGAAUUUGGGGCGGCGAUGUGAAGCUUGAGAACCUCGAAGUGAAGGAGACUGCCCUCGAUGACUUGGAUCUCCCAAUCAAGCUCAAGUUUGGCUAUUUGUCAUCGUUGGUUCUCAAGAUCCCGUGGAAAAAUCUCUACACUGAGCCGGUGAUCGCUAACAUAGACGGACUACAUUUGAUUGUGGUCCCGAACAAAGGCGUCGUGUACAAUGAAGAAAAGGCAAAGAAAAAUAUCACCGAAAUCAAGCAAAAGACGUUGGCCCGUCUAGAAGAGGCUCGAAAGAACAGGCGCAAGCCGGCCGACCCGACAGCCGACUCUUUCGCUGAAAAGAUGGUGACUCAAAUCAUCAAAAAUCUGCAAAUCUCCAUCUCGAAUAUCCACGUCCGCUUCGAGGACAAGUGGACCAAUCGGCACCGCCCGUUCGCCGCCGGCAUCACACUGCAGAAGCUCGAUUUCCAAACCACCGACGAGAACUGGUUGCCCACCAUUCACAAGGAGACGCUCAAAAUUAUCCACAAGCUCGUCAGCCUCGAAAAUCUGGCCGUAUACUGGAACUCGGACGUGACGCUGUUCUCCGAUCUUUCGGAUCGCAAGGAGGUCAAGGAGAAGAUGCUGGCUACAAUUACCACAAAGAACAACCGACCCGAGGGCUACAAAUACAUCUUGGAGCCGAUCAAAAUGGAGGCCAAGCUGCAGCUCAACCAAAAGCCGGAGACAGACGGAAGCGGCUGGUCGAUCCCUAAAAUUGACCUCUCUGUCGACAUGAAGGCGCUGGCGUUGACGAUUGGAAAGUUCCAAUAUCAAGAUGUGCUCCUUUUCCUGGAGGCUCAGGAGCGCUUCACACUGGCCGGCCAAUAUCUCAAAUAUCGGCCUGCGCACGUCGUUGAUUACAAAGGCCACUACAAGACCUGGUGGAAAUUCGCCUACACUUCCAUUCUGGAGGAAAAAGUUCGGCGGCGUCGCCGAAACUGGAACUGGAAGCGUAUGAAGGAGCAUCGGCAACUUGUGCGCGAUUAUCGGGAUGCCUGGGUGAAGCAUCAGACCGAGAAGAGCCCGGGCAGCCAUGUGACGGAUCUUGUCAAAAAGGCGGAGGAUCGUCUUGACGUCUUCAACAUCAACAUUGCUCGUCAACAGGCCGAGAUGGAGAUUGAUCGAAAGGGUCUGACGCGUAUUGAGGACCAGCCCCAAGGAAUUAUGGGCUGGGCCAAGAGCUGGUGGGGCGGAAGCGGUGGUAGCCACGAGAACAAAAAGAACAAAGACGUCGUCUCCCAGUUUGAGGAGGCGAUGACGCCUGAGGAGAAGGCGAAACUGUUCGAGGCCAUCGACUACCAGGAAAAUAUCCCGCCUACCAACUACCCCAAGGAGUACGUCGAGAACAAGUUGUCGUUCCGCCUUGGCGAGAUCGCGAUCAACGUCGAUCAUGCGGUGUCGAUGAAAUUGCUGCAGCUCGACGCCUACAUUGCUCAGCGUCCAAGUGCCGGCGCCAUCAACAUCAAGUCCGGCAUCAAGGAGCUACGAAUGGACGGUUGUGGCGCGGAAAUGUUGCGAGUUCGCGACGCGACGAAACCGUGGCUCGACCUGGAAGUUGACACAAAUCCGCUUCACGGGAAAUACGACCAAAAGGUGGCGCUCUCCAUCGCUCCGGUCACCCUCAAGUACCACGCGCCCGCCGUCAAUGCAGCCGCCGACGUGUUCAAGCCGCCAGAGUCGGUGCGGUUGAACCAGCUGACCGCUGCGGCCAUGUCGAGAUACGAGGAGGUGAAAACUCGCUCGGUUACCGGCCUGGCCCAUGCCGUCGAGUUCAAGAAGAAGCUGGUGCUCGACAUUUCCAUCAACCCGGCGACGCUGUUGAUUUCGGAAGGCGGCGUGUAUGCCCCUGAAAAGCCGACAAUCAUGGCCGACCUCGGUCUGCUGACUAUCACGACGGUCGACCAGCAAGUCCAGGAAGGGAUGGACAAGAUGGCGCGGCUGCGUGAGAUGGCCUACGACAAGUUCCGGGUGAAGCUCAGCAAUGUAGUGAUUGCGUUUGCGGAGGAGAUGGAGAAAGCGCAUGAGGCCAUCAAGCUGCCCGAAUCACCGCUGCACAUUUUGAAGCCGACGGGUCUGGACAUUCAGUUCCACAAGAGUGGCGUGGAGGAUCUGAGCUUGCCAAAGAUGCGAAUUAUCGGCGACCUUCCCGACAUCGUGGUCGUCAUUUCGGACAAGCGUCUCCUGAUGCUGAUGGACCUCCUCAAUUCCAUCCCACGCCGAAGCCCGAAGAAACCCCGGAAAUUCUCGAAGAUUUGCCGGCGA